GUCUAAAGGCUUGCUAAGAUAUACUAAACUUACCUAAGUCUUUUCAUUACUUAGAAAAUAGGUCCUCAGUUUUCUUGUCAUGCGACUCACAGCUCUCGGUGCCUCGUUGUGUUGCAUGGACUUCCGUCCCGGAGAUUCGGUUAUAGAGUCGCAAGACAUCGUCCAUGGCCUACUCAGGCUCAAUUCAGCACGUAAUGCAAAUGGGUACCGUCCUUUGAUUUGGGACCCUGCCCUUGCCUCCAAUGCGCAAGACUAUGCCAUCCAAUUGGGCUGUGGCGCCGUGGCACCUGGCAAGCCAGAGAGAACCGCUGUAUACAAAGAGAUCUCGGCCACAUGCGCGGGUCAACCACAUAGGCGUACUUUCGAGACUGCUGCGAACUUCUGGCUCACUGCCAAUUACAGGCCCAACCGUGUAUCAGAGGACUACUAUAACUACCGUGAAUGCAUGGGUCCUGAGGCAGGUCGAGUCGGAUGUGGUCAGUCAUAUGAUCAUGAAAACCACUGCGUUUUUUACACAGUUUGUAUGUUCUCUUCCCACAGAGAUUGUGUGAAUGCAUGAGGUGACCUCUGCCCUUAUGGUUGCCAUCACAAAGAAUGCGAUGAGGGAACGGUAACAUCCGGUAUUAUAUCAUGAAAUAGGCGGUGAAAUCAAGAGUUUGCUUUGCUAGUAGUGAUAAAUCAGAAC